AUGACACUCGCAUAAGUUUUUAAAGAAUUUACAAACUAGAAAUCUAUGAAUAUGUUUCAUUUCUUUCGCGGCUUUGAAUAAGUUUUUAACUAAUCGCAAGAUAAACUUUAGCAAUAGAUUUAAUAAUUUAGUUGGUAUUAUUAAAAAAGCUAAUUUAUGUUUAUCUCCCGGAAUUCCCUCUUAUACCGCAUCUUCUAUUACCCUGCUUCGAAUAUAUAAAAGUAUUGUUUAAAAUCCUAGGAACGAACAGAUGAUCGAGAAUGGUAGAGUAGCAGCAAGCAACUUAAAUUUAAUAAAUAAAAAGAAAUAAAAAAUAAAAAGAUAUUUAAAAAAUUAGAAAGAUAAAAUAAGAAAAAAUUAGAAAAAAAGAAGAAAAUAUUUGAAAUAAUUUGA